GAGCAGCCGUCCACUCCCCACCCUCCGCCUCCGGUGCAUGGGGCCCGGCUGAGGAGCCAGCAUGGGCAACUGCGUGGGGAGACAGCGCCGGGAGAGGCCGGCAGCCCCUGGACACCCCCGCAAGCGAGCAGGACGCAACGAGCCUCUGAAGAAGGAGCGGCUGAAGUGGAAGAGUGACUACCCUAUGACCGACGGACAGCUGCGGAGCAAACGGGAUGAGUUUUGGGACACAGCACCUGCCUUCGAGGGCCGCAAGGAGAUCUGGGAUGCCCUCAAGGCUGCUGCCUAUGCGGCCGAGGCCAAUGACCAUGAGCUGGCUCAGGCCAUCCUGGACGGAGCCAGCAUCACCCUGCCUCAUGGCACCCUCUGUGAAUGCUACGACGAGCUGGGCAAUCGCUACCAGCUGCCCAUCUACUGCCUCUCACCCCCCGUGAACCUGCUGCUGGAGCGCACGGAGGAGGAGAUCGCGGAGCCCCCCGAGCCCACCCCCAGCGUGCGCCGUGAGUUCCCGCUGAAGGUGCGCCUCUCCACGGGCAAGGACGUGAGGCUCAGUGCCAGCCUGGCCGACACGGUGGGGCAGCUCAAGAGGCAGCUGCACACCCAGGAGGGCAUCGAGCCAUCCUGGCAGCGAUGGUUCUUCUCGGGGAAGCUGCUCACAGACCGCACGCGGCUCCAGGAAACCAAGAUCCAGAAAGAUUUUGUCAUCCAGGUCAUCAUCAACCAGCCCCCGCCACCCCAGGACUGACGGGCCCCUGGACCCCUGGGAAGAGAGGCCGAGGAGGGCCUCUGUGGGGCAGAGAGACCUCCCGCCCGGAGCACUAGGCCCCCACCCUGCUGCCACCUCCGAGGGCUGUUAAUUUCUUCAGGGGCGACUCCCCUCUGGAUGGCUGCUGGGCGUGCCGUGAAGGGACCCUGCCUCCCAGGGGCACCAGUGCCCAGAACCCAGGAAGCAGUGCUGCCACACACAGGCCUUGCUGACCUUGUCAGAGAAAAGGCGGACGGGCCUGUCCACCCUGCCUCCAUCCCAGGGCACAUUUGAGCCCCAAGGGCCAGAUCUGUCAUCUAAGGCUGCCAGCUGUGCUCACUCCGGUUUUCUGCUCAGGGUCCGAAGCAGCAGCUGUCUCCUUCCCCUGUCCCCACCCCCUGACUCUGCCCAGGGCACAGUGCCAGUCCCUUGGAGGGGAGGGACUGCCAGUGAGCCCCAGGGCACGGGGAGCCUGAGGUGGGCCUCUGCCUCUCCCCACCCCCAGCACAGUCGGCAGAGAGGAGGCAGGUGGCUGGACAGCUGGGCUGCUGUGGCAGGGGGCUGCACCGGGCCAUCUCCUGGCUGUAACCCAAGCAGUGGGGGCUCUGCAGCCUGGUUGUGGCCCUCACAGCAGGUCCCUGUGUACAGACAUAUCUGCAUAUUUAUCAAUAAAGCCUUUUGCUCCUUCUC